AUGAACGCGUCCGAUCCUGAUAUACUGGUGGCAAAAGGCCAAUUAGAUAUAUCAUACAGAGGACCAGAAUAUGUUCUGGAUACCUCGGGCGCUGUUUACAAUACCGUGCUGGAGUUCAACAUUACCUUUGACAAUAGUUCAGUGUAUAACCUCACAGAAGAAUCAAUAGAUCAGUGGAACGACUACAUUAAACUCCUUCAAGAUCGCGCAUUGCUGGUCACGUUUCUCCUCCUAUUUUCCUUGACAACAGUUUUCGGAAACAUGCUUGUCAUACUUGCUGUGAUACGCGAACGUUACCUACACACGUCAACGAACUAUUUUGUUACAUCACUUGCAGUGGCUGACUGUCUAGUAGGAUUAGUAGUCAUGCCAUUUUCAGCGCUGUACGAAGUACUGGAGCAUACGUGGUUCUUUGGUGUAGAUUGGUGCGAUGUGUGGCGAUCCUUAGAUGUGUUAUUCAGUACUGCCUCUAUACUAAACUUGUGCGUGAUCUCUCUCGACCGAUACUGGGCCAUCACGGACCCUAUUACAUAUCCCAUGCGAAUGAGCGGACGGAAAGCGGCCUUCCUUAUUGCCGCUGUAUGGGUGUGUUCCGGUGCUAUAUCCUUCCCCGCUAUUGCAUGGUGGCGCGCUGUGCGUUUAGAAGAAGUGCCAGAUUAUAAGUGUCCGUUUACGGAAAACCUUGAGUAUAUAAUAUUUUCGUCAACAAUAUCAUUUUAUUUGCCCCUUUUUGUCAUGGUGUUCACUUACUAUCGUAUAUAUCGCGCAGCAACUAUACAAACGCGGUCUUUAAAAAUCGGUACUAAACAAGUAAUGAGGCCGAGUGGUGAAUUAGAGUUGACUCUGCGUAUACAUAGAGGAGGAACAGUGCGUCAGCGAAGUGAUGCAUGUCACGGUGCGUGUACUCCUGAGGAAGCAGAUCAGGAGCCACUGACUGCUCUGCAAAACAAUGGACUGUCACGUUCAUCCACGCGUUUAACAAAUGUGACACAUACUAAGCAUUUGCCAAAAAACUUUUCGUUGUCGCGUAAGUUGGCUAAGUUCGCUAAAGAAAAGAAAGCUGCCAAGACUCUCGGUAUAGUGAUGGGUGUGUUCAUAGUGUGUUGGUUACCAUUCUUCGUAGUGAAUUUGCUGUCAGGCAUUUGUUCGGCAUGCAUUGCGCAUGUGGAGAUAGUCAACAUGGUCGUGACUUGGCUCGGUUGGGUCAAUUCCUCAAUGAAUCCUGUCAUUUAUGCCUGCUGGAGCAGAGAUUUUAGAAGGGCAUUUCUGAGAAUUUUGUGCGUAUGCUGCCCUCGGAAGCUUCGCCGGAAAUAUCAACCGCAGUUACGCUUCAAACAAUCUCAGUUCCGCUCGACUCGACGCUAUUACUCAUCUAGCGAAUUGAUGGGCAUACAGCAAGUCAGACAAAACUCCUGCGAACAGACUUAUAUAUAG